GCGGCCCCACGCCCAGCGUCCCCCUGCGUCCCCGCAGUGUCGGUGGUGAUGGGCAUCCCAAGCGUGCGGCGCGAGGUGCACUCCUACCUGACGGACACGCUGCACUCGCUCAUCUCCGAGCUGAGCCCUCAGGAGAAGGAGGACUCGGUCAUCGUGGUGCUGAUCGCUGAGACUGACCCUCAGUACACAUCGGCAGUGACAGAGAACAUCAAGGCCUUGUUCCCCACGGAGAUCCGUUCUGGGCUCCUGGAGGUCAUCUCUCCUUCCCCCCACUUCUACCCUGACUUCUCCCGCCUCCGAGAGUCCUUUGGGGACCCCAAGGAGAGAGUCAGGUGGAGGACCAAACAGAACCUGGAUUACUGCUUCCUCAUGAUGUACGCGCAGUCCAAAGGCAUCUACUACGUGCAGCUGGAAGAUGACAUCGUAGCAAAGCCCAACUACCUGAGCACCAUGAAGAACUUCGCCCUGCAGCAGCCCUCAGAGGACUGGAUGAUCCUGGAGUUCUCGCAGCUGGGCUUCAUUGGGAAGAUGUUCAAGUCGCUGGACCUGAGCCUCAUUGUGGAGUUCAUCCUCAUGUUCUACCGGGACAAGCCCAUCGACUGGCUGCUGGACCACAUCCUGUGGGUGAAGGUCUGCAAUCCCGAGAAGGACGCGAAGCAUUGUGACCGGCAGAAGGCCAACCUUCGGAUCCGCUUCAAGCCGUCCCUCUUCCAGCACGUGGGCACCCACUCCUCCCUGGCUGGCAAGAUCCAGAAACUGAAGGACAAGGACUUUGGGAAGCAAGCCCUGCGUAAGGAGCAUGUGAACCCACCCGCCGAAGUGAGCACAAGCCUCAAGACAUACCAGCAUUUCACCCUGGAGAAGGCCUACCUGCGUGAGGACUUCUUCUGGGCAUUUACACCUGCUGCAGGGGACUUCAUCCGCUUCCGCUUCUUCCAGCCACUGCGCCUUGAACGGUUCUUCUUCCGCAGCGGGAACAUCGAGCACCCGGAGGACAAGCUCUUCAACACAUCGGUGGAGGUGCUGCCCUUUGAUAAUCCCCAGUCAGACCGGGAGGCCUUGCAGGAGGGCCGCUCGGCUGCCCUGCAGUACCCACGGAGCCCCGAUGGCUACCUGCAAAUAGGUUCUUUCUACAAGGGUGUGGCGGAAGGCGAGGUGGACCCGGCCUUUGGUCCCCUGGAGGCCCUGCGCCUCUCUAUCCAGACCGACUCCCCAGUGUGGGUCAUUCUGAGUGAGAUCUUCCUGAAAAAGGCCAACUAAAGGAGGCUUCUGAGAUGCUCCCAGACUGCCUGAGAUGCUCUCGCCACUGCCCCAGGAGGGCCCUGGCGGGUCCCUAUGGUGGUUCUGGUCCGGCCAGCCUGGGGUCCGCCGCUGGCCCGGAGGCCCCAGAAGCUGGUGCUGCCCCAGCCCGCCGGGCCGCGAGGAGGCUGGCGGCCCCACACUGUGCCUGAGGGCCGGCCUGUGCCGCCCGAACCGAACCCACCCGGACGUCGACCCGGCCGGCCUAGCCAGGCUGUUUUAGAGGAGCUCUUUCUUGGGCGCUGCCAUCUCUGGCGUGAACACUGGAAUGCAUAUACUACUUUAUGUGCUGUGUUUUUUAUUCUUGGAUACAUUUGAUUUUUCACUUAAGUCCUCAUACACUUCUAUAAGAGCGUGACUUGUAAUAAAGGGUUACUGAAG